UCGCAAAAAUCCUAAAACACACCCUUGUGAGCUGUUCGGGGAAAUAGACAUAAAUAGGUUGCUUUGACGAGAAGAGUAGUUACCGGAACGACGAAAGGUAGUGGCAGUUGUUAACGGUAGGGAUUUGGUCGUCAUGGCUUUGAAAAGAAUAAAUAAGGAGCUAAAGGAUCUCCAAAGGGAUCCUCCUGCACAGUGCUCAGCCGGACCAGUGGGAGAGGACUUGUUCCACUGGCAAGCAACAAUAAUGGGACCUUCUGACAGUCCAUACCAAGGAGGAGUAUUUUUCCUCACAAUCCACUUCCCCACAGACUAUCCGUUCAAACCGCCAAAGGUAGCAUUCACAACAAAAAUAUAUCACCCUAACAUAAAUAGCAAUGGAAGUAUUUGUCUGGACAUCUUGCGAUCACAGUGGUCCCCAGCGCUAACGGUAUCAAAGGUUCUCUUGUCUAUAUGUUCGCUGCUUUGUGACCCAAACCCAGAUGACCCUUUAGUUCCAGAUAUAGCUCACCUCUACAAGUCAGACAAAGACAAAUACAACAAACAUGCCAGAGACUGGACCAACAAGUAUGCGAUGUGAAGUACUGUACAUUAUAGAGAAUUUUAAAAAGUAACUUAGGUAAUAUUAUUAAACAUAACAUACUGUUAACAUUUAUCAUUAAAUCGGUCACCAUUAAUGAAUGAACUUAGUAUUUUAUAGGAAAAUAUUCCUCAGCCCGACAUUACACAAAAAGGCUUUAAGUUUUGCAUUGCAGUCAAUUUUUUUUUUUUACCCCUCUAUUUCUUUUCUUUUUUCUUUUUUGUAACUGGUUUUGUUUUAUUCCCAUUUGAUAAAUUAUUAUACAGUUGCAUUUUUCUGGUCGCCCAAAGUCAAAAAGACCAACUCCCCUCCCCCCUUUAGGUACAGUAUUUUUUUUUCUUUUCUUUUUUUUUCUUCCUAUUAGAGAUUUUUAUUGUAUAGUAAAAGCUAUACUGGAUCUAUUUUUAUUAUUUUGCAUUAAAAGUAUAAAAAAGACCUGAAAAA